UUCUUACAGUUUAAUUCUCUAUUUCCGUAACAUUAAAUAUUCUUGAAGUUUAUUCAGUUUUGGUAAGAACCAAGUACUGGACCAGGUUUAAAUUAUUCCUUAGCAUAAUAGUAGAUCCUUUUCACAGUCUGAAUAAAAUUUGUAUAUGUACACUCGCUUCGUCGAAGAGUAUAUUUGUUGAUCUGUACGUGUUAUUGUCCAAAGAUAUAUUUGAUAGUCAUUGGCCCGUCGUACAUUUUAUUCACAGGUCACUCCAAAACUCUUGACAUGUUUGAUUACAUUGAUUCGGAUAUCAACGAGAUCAUAUUCCAGUGUAUGGGAAACAUAAGUUUAACCGGUGUUUCUGGUAGAGUAUCCUUCACGUCUGGAGCCGAUCCAGACCGCAUUGUCCAAAUUGAAAGAAUUCAAGGGAACGCAAGACAAACAGUGGGCUUCUACAGACAAGACAAAAAUCCAAAAUACUUCGAGUGGAUAAAGGGUGCCAUCAAAUGGAAAGAUAAUGUUAUUCCUAGAGAUUCCACGUUAAUUACGUACGAGGAAAAAGAAAUACCAAUAAGUCUUUACGUUAUAAUGACGUUACUGGCUAGCCUUGGAAUUUGUCUUGCCAUUUCUUUCCUCGUUUUCAACGUCUUGUACCGCAAUCAUAGAUAUGUGAAGCUGUCCUCUCCGAAUAUUAACAAUGUGCUGUUAGUAGGGUGUGUCGUUUGUUACAGCACAGUAUUCUUUAAAACCACUGGUGCUGAAAGCGACGGCAUCUGUAAAAUGAGUUUAAUGUGCUUUAGCCUUGGAUUUACUGUGACAUAUGGCUCGUUGUUUUUUAAAACAUGGAGAGUAUACCGGAUAUUCAAGAACAAGCAACUUAUGAAACGUAUUAUCAAAGACUAUCAGCUUCUUUCGAUAAUUGGAGUUUUCGUGGGAGUUGUUUUGGUGGUUUUGAUUGUGUGGGAAUCGGUCGGACCUCACAAAAUAGUAACUAAAUAUUUGCAAAAGGAGGUAUACAUGAUUGGAGAUGAUACCGAAGUGAGGCCAUUUGUACGUGUUUGUCAGUCGGAAUUUUCGAAUAAUUUUCAAUGGCCAUUAUAUGUUGUAGAGGGUGGCCUCCUUAUAUUUGGAGCAUUCCUUGCUUGGGAAACAAAAAAUGUCAAAAUAAAAGCGCUUAAUGAUUCACGCGAGAUUGGAUUCUGCAUAUACAAUGUGGUCAUUCUGAGCGCAGUUGGUUUGACAUUGUCGCUGCUUUUGAAGGACAAUGAGAUCCUCAUGUAUGGGAUAACAUCAGGAUUUCUUGUAAUUGGAACUUUGGUGACACAAGCUGUCAUAUUUGUUCCAAAGAUACUUGCAGUAAAGAAAAAGGACACCGGGAAGAAGUCCACAGGAGUAACAAUAAUUAGUACGGAACAUACCAGUACUUCUGUUCAAAGUACAAUCUAUAGUGCUCAACGACGUUUACUGAAUCAUAAAUAAAUGUUAUUGUUAAUGCACAUUAAUUAGCUUACUAAACAUUCGAUUAAAUUAGACAGUUAUACAAACAUUAAAAAAAAACAUACAUAACAUAAGAGUUUUCUUUGUAAAAGAGGUAAAGGGUGAAACCACUGAUUAUGUUUGAGGCAAAUGCGUAAUGCUGUUAGAGCAGGUACAUCUUACCUUACCACAAAAAGAGCAUUCACACGUGAUCGUUAAAGCCAAAGAUUUUGCAAAUAAGCCCGGAUUUAGCCACCAAGAGAUAUAGUUGUCAAAUUCAUGCCAUAACGUUUUUGCCAAAGAAUUGAUUUUAUUUGCGUCGAUCUACUUUCAAGGCAAGAAAUUAUGCACGAAUACUGCACAAGAAAGCAUGAAUACUUGGUGUUCUAAUCCUUUGACUUAAUUAAAAGAAAAAUAAACUUGUUGCAGUGUCAUCUGACUAGAAUGUCUUCGUGAAAGACACCAUGUGAAAAAUAGAGCAACUGAAAGGAUGAACCCAGUUUAAUCACGAUGCACCCACUCUAACAGCCACUCGAUCCAAUCAUGCGGAAUAGUGUAUAAAUCUGUACAAUCUAUCUUUUCUGUAUAUAUUGAACAAAUUUAUUAUAAGGAUAUUAUUAGAAUUUGCAUUGUAAUGUUAUUGAAUCUCUAAUACAUCGGCUAUCUUAUCGUAGUUAUCGUAUGAAACGUUUUAAAGGGACUGGCCUCCAGACCGUUCGACAAAAACUAAUAUAUAUGGAAAUAAAUGCUGUCUUUUUAUGAAGGCUUUAAUACUUUAAUACUGACAAACUAUGUUACGGAAACAUACAGGAAUUUACUGUUUUUACUACUUUUUACGGUGAAAAUUGUUUGUAACGCUUUACUCCAAGUAAAAUUUCUCGAUUGUAAAUACCAAUAUUUUGAAGUCAUAAUUCACUACUUCCACUAUAGUAACCUCGGUUACGAAGACGGCAAAAUGUCUAUUAUAGCCGCAGCGGUACGGGUUCGAUUACCGACGCGGUCGUCUUUUUUUUCUUGAUUUGGAAUAUUUAAAAUAUGUUAGAAGAAAAAACUCAUAUGCUAAUGUUCAUAAGUGACCGAACUUCGACUUGAAAGGACGAUCUUUUAGCCAGAUCUGGAGGUCAGUGCCUUUAAAGGUGUAAAUUUCUCGCACUUUAGGUUUUUGAAGGUGAAUUAUCAUAAUCUGCUAUCAAAACACAGUUCUUUGUAAAUAAUUGUAUUCUACUGUCAUUGUACUCUGUUGUAAUUUGCAUUUAUCCAUUCAUUACUGUAAGUUUAGUUCUUGACUCAUGUGUUUAUUUUGUUAAGUUUUAUAAUUUAUUUGAAUAUAUUUACCUACUGUUCAAAAGUUAUGUACAGUUUGAUUACUAGGUCAUACGUGUGUACACGUUUUCAAACCAAAAUUUCUCUACUUAAAAAUGACCUUUUUAAUAUUUGAUUAUGUUCUGUUUUAGCUUGAGCUCACGUUUUUCUUAUACUAGAAACACUAAAAUAUGGAAGCCGGAGUUAAGGUUACAAAACGCAAUCUUUAAUAUUUACAAACAUGAUGUCUACACAAACGAACUGUAAUUGUACCAGAGAGUGAGUGUUAAAUUCUUUUAUUAUAUCAUAAUAAAAUAGAUAAUUAUGUUCA